AUGACAGGUAGAAGGGGAGAAACUUCGUCGUCUUUUGAUAGUGAACCUGAGAGGACCUUCCUUAGAUUAAGGAGGGAAGCUAGAGGUAAAGGCAUAAUUGGAGAGGAGCCAGUAAAAGAAGAUUUAACAACCACCAUGGAUGACGAGGUGCACGACAAUGUUGGAGGAGGUGCUGGCAAUCAAGUUGGGCAAGAGAGGCGAGUCUUAGGCUCCUACAUCAACCCAAAUCCAGGAAAUUGUGGCAGCAACAUCCUCAAGUCAAUAAUUCAUGCUAACAAUUUUGAGUUGAAACCUCAACUCAUCACACUAGUCCAAAAUAACUGUUCAUAUGGAGGAGGUGCCCAAGAAGAUCCAAAUCAACAUCUCAAUACAUUCUUGAGGAUAUGUGAUACUGUAAAGUCCAAUGAGAUCAGAGGUAACUUUGAGAGAGUAGAGGCAGCAAUAGCACAGCUAUCAUCACAGCUCACAGGGGCUAUUUCCACCCUUUUGGAGAGACAAGCACAAGCUGAAAGGAAGAUAGAUGCCAACCAAGAAAAGGCAAUCCCAAGCCAGGAGAACCAUAAAGAAGAAGCUGCAGAAAAACCUGAAAAUAAGAAGAAAGAAGAGACUCCUGGGCCAUCUUUACCAAAGCUAAUCUUGAAGCCUUAUGUGCCAAAAGCACCAUAUCCACAAAGGCUAAGGAAGGAUGGAAAGGAUGGCCAGUUUUUUACAUUCUUGGAGAUCUUCAAAAAGCUCCAAAUCAAUAUACCAUUUGCUGAAGUACUAGAGCAAAUGCCCCUCUAUGCCAAGUUCUUGAAGGAACUCAUGACAAGAAAAAGAAAUAGGGGAGAAAAGGAGACUGUAGUGCUAACUGAGGAGUGUAGUGCCAUCAUACAAAAGAAACUCCCCCAGAAAAUGAAAGACCCAGGGAGUUUCCAAAUCCCCUGCAUCAUAGGGGAUAUCAAUAUUGAGAAGGCCUUAUGCGACUUGGGAGCUAGCAUCAAUCUCAUGUCCUUGAACAUGAUGAGAAGGAUGAGAAUUGAGGAAGCCAAACCAACAAGAAUGGCACUCCAACUGGCUGACAGAACAUUCAAGUUUCCACAUGGAGUAGUGGAAGAUUUAUUGAUGAAAGUGGGAGAAUUCAUUUUCCCAGCUGACUUUGUUGUGCUGGAUAUGGAAAAAGAGACUAACACUUUAAUUAUCCUAGGAAGGCCAUUCCUAGCUACUGCUGGAGCCAUCAUUGAUGUGUAA